AUGUUUUUAUUUUCUCCCCCAAAUUUGAAUAAAACUUGCCAUCCUGAUGCAUGCGCGCUGUUUCUUGGCGGUGAUAAUCUUGCAGAUCUUCAGUCCAAAGUAAUUGAGGACUGGAUCAGAGUAAACAAUAAAAUUCCUCAAGAUUUUAUUCAUGUUAUAAAAAAAAAAAGACGAAACUCAUUUUAUUAUAAUUGUAAGCUACCUUCAAUCGUCGAAGAAAAUGAGAUUGAGUUGCACAUGGAAGGGGAGGAGAUUAUAAUUAGCGGAAAAUAUAAAGAACUCAAUUUCGAUGGAGAUAUUUUAAAAAAAUUAAUACCGGUCGGCAAUUUUGAGUAUACAUUUACAUUACCUUCAAAAAUUAAUCAUAAUAGCAAGGUAAAGAUAGAAAAAAUAGAAAAUUCAAAUAUAUUUAAAAUAAAAAUUAAAAAGGAAGAAAAUAAACGUAUAAAACUUUUAUUUGAAUAA